CUAUGUUGUUGAGUUUUAUGAUUCAAACACUACUAUCUUUAUAAAUUAAAAAUUCUUUAUUUUAAUAUUCAUUUUUCCUGUCAUUUAAAUCUCAAGUUGUUUUUUAUUGUUUUAUUAUUAUUUAAUUUUUUAAGAUGAGUGAAUCUGACAAUAAUAACAAAAUUAAUGAAUUCAGAGGAAUUACAAACGUUGACCAAGAAAGGGCCAAAUUCUUUUUAGAAUCGGCCGCUUGGAACUUGGAAUCAGCAUUGGCUAGUUUUUAUGAUGAGGGAAAUGAUGAAGUGUUGAGUGAUAAUACUAGUUCAUCUGUUUCAAGAUCAGUUCCGGCAUCUAGCGAUAACCCAAUGACUAGUUCUACAAGUUAUAAAUCAUCUUCUAAACCAAAAAAAUGGCAGUCUAAAUCUAGAAUAAUGACAUUUAGCAGUAUGAAAAAUUCUGAAGUUGAAGAUAAAGAUAGUGAUGAGGAUGAAGGCCAAAGAUUUUAUGCUGGUGGAUCGAUCACAAGUGGUCAACAAGUUAUUGGACCACCACGAAAUAAUGCAGAUGUUAUGACUGAUAUGUUUCAAGCUGCUCAAAAAUAUGCAAGUUCAUCAUCCUCUGGUGUAACAGGAAAUCCUUCACAGGACAGUGGUUGUUCAACAUCCUUUUUUGGUACUGGUUAUAAAUUAGGCCAAACUGAUAAUGACACUGAAGUAAUUCAUUCAAAUAGUUCUGGUAAAAAUGCAUGUCAACCUCAAGAAGAAGUUGUGUUGAAGAUGUGGAAAGAAGGCUUCACCAUUAAUGAUGGUGAACUGCAUAGUAUUGAACAACAAGAAAACAGAGAAUUUUUACUUCUUGUUGCUCGUGGGGAAGUACCUCCAUUACUUUUAAAAGAAGCUAAUGUAACUAGCGAAGAAGAAUUACAUGUAAGCAUUGAAGAUCAUAGAUUUGAAGAGUAUACUCCUUCUAAACCAAAAAAGAAAUUAUUUGGAGGAUCUGGUCACCUAUUAGGAAGUCCUACACCACAAGUUGUUGGAGAUGAAAAUAUAAACCAAACUUCAUCAUCAACUCCUGAAAAUGAAGCAGUUAAUGAUGCUACUGCACGCGCAGAAGUUCCUUUGAUAGCUGGUGCUCCUACUACCUCAUUGCAAAUAAGGUUAGCAAAUGGAUCAAGAUUAGUUGCUACAUUUAAUCACAGUCAUACUAUUGGUGAUGUUCGUCGAUAUAUUACAACAGCAAGAUCUAGUUUUGCCACAAGACCAUUUAUACUACAAUCAUCAUAUCCACCAAAAGCUCUAGAGAACAAUGAACAAACAAUAGUUGAUGCUGGACUGUUAAAUACUGUGAUUUUUCAACGUUUUGGUUGAGUUAUAUUCUUGCUGUAAUUAUUUAAUAUGUAUAUUAAAAAUAAGACUUAAAAUUAAAAAAAUUCAUAUAUAAUAAUUAUAAAAAUAUAUAUUUUACAUAUUAUUUAAUAAUUAAAUACACAUCAUUUAAAUAAUUUUUAA